GGUCAUGGCCCACGCCAGCCAACCCCGGUUCCGCCACUGGGAAGUAAACAAGUCAAUGGUUCCAUAUAAAUUAUAGUUUUGUUUGUUUGAUUUUUUGACAAUCAUGUAAUCGUGUUGAUUAAAUUAAAUCAAAAUGUUGACAUUGAUCACAUAGUAGUUUAGAUCCGAGUGGUUUCUACUUUCCAAAUCAAAGUGAGAAAUUCACACACAAAAACAUCAAAAGUGAGAGAAGUUAUGUCAUGGGUUGUAAUUUCAACGGUGCUCACAGUAAUUAUGGUUCCAUAUCCUGUAACUGAAGCAAAGAAGUGUAAUUUUCCAGCAAUAUUCAACUUCGGAGAUUCAAAUUCCGACACUGGUGGCCUCUCAGCAGCUUUCGGACAAGUUCCUACACCCAACGGAAUCACUUUUUUUCACACUCCUGCUGGACGCUACUCCGAUGGUCGUCUCAUCAUUGAUUUCUUAGCACAAAACUUGGGGUUGCCUUAUUUGAGUGCCUACUUGGAGUCGGUAGGUUCAAACUUUAGCAAUGGAGCAAAUUUCGCAACAGCAGGAUCAACUAUAAGACCUCAGAACAAAACUUUAUCUCAGAGUGGAUACAGUCCUAUAUCUCUAGACGUUCAACUUGUAGAGUACUCUGAUUUCAAAGCUAAAUCCAUACUUAUUCGAAAAAAGGGAGGGGUGUUUAAGAAAUUGUUGCCCAAAGAAGAGUAUUUUUCUAAGGCUUUAUACACUUUUGAUAUUGGCCAUAAUGAUAUCACUGCCGGCUACAAUCUCGACAUGACCACAGAACAAGUUAAAGCAUAUAUACCUAAUGUAUUAGACCAGUUCUCGAAUGUCAUAAGGAGUGUAUACAAGGAAGGUGGAAGGUCAUUUUGGAUACACAAUGUAGGUCCAAUUGGUUGCCUCGCAUACAUGUUGGAUCGCUAUCCGGUGAGUGCAGCUGAAACCGAUAACUUCGGUUGUGCCAAACCGUUCAACGAGGUGUCCCAAUACUUUAACCACAAUUUGAAUGAAACUAUUGUGCAACUUAGGGAAGAGCUUCCAAAGGCCACAAUCAUAUAUGUUGAUGUGUACACAGUGAAGUACAACCUCAUUAGCCAUGCCCAAAAAUACGGUUUUGAUGAGAAUAGUGUGGUUGCAUGUUGUGGAGAUGGUGGAAAGUACAACUUCAAUAAUCAUGCAAGAUGUGGAGCUACAAAGAUUGUGAAUGGUGAAAAAAUUGUGAUAGCUAAAUCCUGUAAAGAUCCAAGUGUGAAGAUUAUCUGGGAUGGGAUUCAUUUCACUGAAGCUGCUAAUGAAUGGAUUUUUGAACAAAUAGCUAAUGGAGAAUUUUCAGAUCCACCAAUCUCUUUAAAAUCAACUUCUUUAAAAAUAGCUUGUCGUGGCAAUGUAUCCAGCUAUCACUAUUAAGCCAUUUUCCCCUUCUAUUGCUUAAACAUGAGGAGAUUCAAAUUCACGUUUCUUUAUUAACAAAUUUUGAUUCUAUGUUUAAACUCAACAAUAGGGCGAGAAGGGUUGUCCCUUCAGCGACAUCCGAUAAAAUUGGAACGAUUUGAUAUUGGGUU